GCCCACAGCCUCGCUCCUCCUCUCCCCACGGUCCCCAUGGUAACGCACGGAGGAGAGCAGUUUAGCAACGCGGAGACGGAGAUCGAGGGAGCUCUGGUACGCACAGAGCGGAGGGCGGCGAGAGGAAAACAGCUCCGGAUAAACAUCUUCUGUAGCCUAUUGAUAAUGAAGUUCGUGGUGGUGCUUGUGGCAGCGGGCACCCUGGCCUUCCUCGGCGCGGUCAUCUGCAUCAUCGCCAGUGUUUAUCCCCGGAAACGUGACGCGCCUCCCGGCGACAACGGCACCCUGACAUCGGAGAAUCUGUUCGAGCCCCUGGAGCCCGGAUCGGUGGCACACGCCGGACCGCUGGGCGCUCUGCACGGCGCUGAGUCCUACGAUGGAGAGAACGGGCUCGGUGGCAUCGGUCUGGAGGGUCCCACUCUGAACGAGCUCAACCACGGGGAGGAGACCGGCGCCGGGUCCGCGAAACAGUUCAGCUUCAGCCGGUUGAUCUGCACGCCUGUACCGGUCGGAGAAUGCAAGACCAAAGAUCUGAGGCAGCAGGCGGACGACCCGCUGUACGGCACCGGGGACGAAGACUGGACUUAUCUCCGGACCACAGCGGAUGACCUCCGUCAGACGGUCCUGCAGCAGAACGACCAGAUCCUCAUGGACCAGAGGACCAUCCGGGAGCUCACCGGGAAGCUGAGCGAGUGUGAGAGCGGCCUGGAGGACGAGAGGAACAUCCCGGAGCGGGGCGUCGGGGUCUGGAGCGGCAACCGCCGCGUCAUGGCCGGGGAUGAUGUGAGCUCCUCCGCCGCGGCGCAGCUGCAGACGGCGCGGGCUGUGGAGGAGCUGGCCAGGGCCAUCAUGGACCUGAAAGACCGCAUCGAGAAACUCGAGGCGGAGAUAGGCCCUGCUGCCUUGAACCUCACCGACACAUCUGUAGGUACAAGUGGCAGCAGCAGCAGCAGCAGCAGCAGCCCGGCUGGUAACACCGGCAAGGCUCCCGCUCCGCCCACCGGCAGUGCUUCCUCCCCACCCGCAGCGGCUCCCCCGGGGGGUCGCCGUCCUGCCUCCCCCGCUGCACCUGCCCCCAAGCCCCCAUCUAAGGGCUCCCCGGUGCGUGGAAAGGGCACCUGGAGGGUGGAGGACCUGGAGGGGGAGCUGGAGAGGAAGAUAAAGAUGUUGGAGAAGGAGCGUCAGGCCAUGAGGAAGGAGACGCAGGGCCAACACGAGAAGAUCAACAAGGGCAUCGACACCGUCAAUCACCGCGUCACCGAGCUGGAACACACGCUGACAGAGCCGCCGUUCCCUGAUGGCUUUAUCCUCUCCUUCCCAAUGCGAACUAACUACAUGUACGGCCUGGUGAGAAAAGAGAUCACAGAGAUGUAUGCCUUUACUGCCUGUGUGUGGCUGAAGGCAAAAGAAGGAGGCAUCGGCACCCCCUUCUCCUACUCAAUCCCGGGGCAGCCCAACGAGCUGGUGCUGCUGCAGGGAGUCCACAACCCUGUGGAGCUGCUCAUCAAUGACAAGGUGGCGCAGCUGCCUCUGUCUCUACCACAGGACGAGUGGCAGCACAUCUGUGUCAGCUGGACCCUGAGGGACGGGGUGUGGAAAGCCUACCAGGGGGGGAAGAUGAAGGGGAGAGGAGAAGGACUGGCUGCCUGGCAUCCCAUCAAACCAGGAGGAGUCCUCAUACUGGGACAGGAACAGGAUACAUUGGGCGGGCAUUUCGAUGCCUCCCAGGCACUGGUGGGGGAGCUUUCCCAGUUCAACCUGUGGGAUCGGGUGUUAAAGCCAGCAGAGGUUGCCGCCCUGGCCGAGUGCAGCUCCUCAGCACUGGGCAACAUCGCCCCGUGGACCGACCAAGACGUCGAUGUGUACGGGGGUGCCACCAAGGAGUCCCUGGACCCGUGCCACGCUGCCCAGAGAUCCAACCCCUCCAGCCCCAAACAGUGAGGGUUGAUUGGGAGAGGUCAGCCAAUGGUGACUGUGUUUGAUAGGUCGAUUUAGAAGACAAUGAUGUAUAACAAUGCAUAACAAUGCAUUGGGAUUUAUGGUAUAUUUAUUGGGGAUGAGAAGCUUGCUGGUGGACUGAAAUAUGUGAUUGUGCGAUUAAGCUGUUAAGAGCGGUGUAUGUUUUGUUUUUAGUGUUGGUGUCCACGCUCAUGUGUUCUGCGGUGAGAUGCAGUGAGAUACACUGAGUUUAGUCACACAGAAUCACCUUAGUGAAGGCUGCAUGGGUGGAUAACCUUCUUGCAUGAACGGGACUCAUAUGGAAGCAUUUAGAUGAAUUAUUGGCUGUGGUUGAAUGCACCACGCUCAGUUUUAGGUAAUAAUCUGUUGGGCCAGUUAGCCUUACAUGGUUGUUCAGGCGGAGGGCUUUGAUGGGUUUGAAUCUAGUUAUGGAGUUAACCUUCAAAAUGUCCAUAUCUGAGGGUUUCUUAUAUUACAACAAAGUGACACAAAGUUCUCAUCUUGUGUCCAGUUGGUUGUGUUUAACGCUAAAACUGAAUUCUGAGACGCUAUCAUGGUUAUAUUGAUUUCAACACUCACUGGGAAACAACAUGAGUUUUGUUCAUUUUUUUAACUGUAUAUGAACCUGUUGAGUAAUGUCUCUGUACUGUUAGGUUUUUUACAUUGCAUAUCAUGAUCAUGUAAAACAGUGGUCUUAUUAAUGUACUGUAUAUUGUGUAACGUAUCUCUGCCAGUGAUGCUCUGUGCCAGUCUGCUCCCCUUUGCUGUAGCUUCUCAUGCACCUCACACUCCUGCAAAGUUAAAUUGCAGCAUUUCUGUUUGCGACUUAGCACGGCAGUGCUCUCAAUCGACCUCUGGAAGAAACACUUGAUGUCUACCUAAGCACCAAUCAGACACUGGCAUUGUAACAAACCUGAGUGAGUUUGGUAAAUCUGUGUUGUACCCUUGAAUGUAAACCAGAUUGAAUGUAAGUGUAUUUGCAUGAGCAAAGUCACAUUUCCUGUCACUAAAGAAACAACCUCAAAAUGUUUAAAUUACAGUGUUGGUGUCCCCAAACUGCCCCACACUCUGAAGCACACAGAUGUCUAUUUACAUAAUCAAAUCCUCACAGAAUGACAAUGAGGGCGGCGUCUUAUGUGGAUUGAUUAUAUAUGUAUAUAUGUACUUGACUGCUGACUCUGUCUAGAGGUUUCAGUUGGAAAAACUAGUUUUACUUUCAUUGUCUUAGAAAACGGAAGAACAAACAAAAUGGUAUGAGCAAAACUUGGGAUGCAUUUAUUUGUCUCGAAAAAUCAUGCAUAUUUUCUCAUUCCCUGU